AUGCCCGGCUUUGCUCCACUCACCAGCCGAGGCAGCCAGCAGUACCGCUCGCUCUCCGUGCCCGAGCUCAUGCAGCAGAUGUUCGACGCCAAGAACAUGAUGGCCGCCUGCGACCCCCGUCACGGCCGCUACCUGACCGUGGCCGCUGUCUUCCGUGGACGCAUGUCCAUGAAGGAGGUGGACGAGCAGAUGCUGAACGUCCAGAACAAGAACAGCAGCUACUUCGUCGAGUGGAUCCCCAACAACGUCAAGACCGCCGUAUGCGACAUCCCACCCCGCAGGCUCAAAAUGGCAGCCACCUUCAUCGGCAACAGCACGGCCAUCCAGGAGCUCUUCAAGUGCAUUUCCAAGCAGUUCACCGCUAUGUUCAGGCGCAAGGCUUUCCUCCACUGGUACACCGGCGAGGGCAUGGACGAGUUCACAGAGGCUGAAAGCAACAUGAACGACCUGGUGUCUGAGUACCAGCAGUACCAGGAUGCCACCGCCGAAGAGGGCGAGUUCGAAGAGGAGGGUGAGGAGGAGGUCGCCUAAAUCGUGACCAUCUGCCAAAAUAGUAUUCCUUCCCCUCCAUCCUCCACAUUUCAUCCUUCUCACCACAGACCAGUGCUCUCCAGAACAAUGAAUGGGCUUUUACAUUCAGUAUCCAUCAAUGACAGUCAUCACCCCCACCAGUGACAUUUUGAGGAAUUGUGAACUUUUGGUUUGGUUUUGUGUUUCUGAAUGUUGUGAAUGCACGCCAUCAAAUCCCCCCUCACAUGCAAGUGAAACACAAAAGAUUUUAACUGUGAAGCCUUCGGAUUCAAGAACGAUGUAACUGUUGUCAGUGCCAUUCUGAAUGAAGGCUACUACAUCUGAAUUGCUUU